AAAAAAUACUUCAGCAGAAGCAACGGAGAAGAGAUAGUGUUUGUCCUGGCUCACAGUUCAAGCUUGUAGUCCUUCGUGCACGGGCUCUGGGCCAUAAAACGUGGGGAUCCAGACUCUGUCUACUCAAGCUGCUCUUGGGGACAGGCCCUGGGAACAGGAGCUGAGACCAGGCCAAAGAGAACCCAAGAGAUGAAGGGCCUCCUCGUGCUAGCUUGGUUCCUGGCUUGCAGUGUGCCUGCAGUGCCAGGGGGCUUGAUAGAACUGAAGUCCAUGAUUGAGAAGGUGACUGGGAAGAAUGCCAUAAAGAGCUAUGGCUUCUAUGGCUGCUACUGUGGCUGGGGCGGCGGAGGGACCCCCAAGGAUGGCACUGAUUGGUGCUGUUUGAUGCAUGACCGUUGCUAUGGGCAACUGGAAGAGAAAGGCUGUAACAUCCGGACCCAGCCCUAUGACUACAGAGUCACACUGGGCCUAGUCAUCUGCGAACACGGGUCCUUCUGUCCAGUGAGGCUAUGCGCCUGUGACCGGCAGCUGGUCUACUGCCUACGGAAAAACCUCUGGAGCUACAACCCUCAGUACCAGUAUUUCCUCAACUUCUUCUGCUAACGCCCUCUGUGUGCUCUGGCUUGUGGGUGCCUCCCACAGUGGAGGUCCCCCUCUGCUGUAUCCCUGAUGCAUCCCCCCAAGAUCUUGGAUCUGUCUUUGUCUGUGUUCCACUUGGCUGGACAGAGCCCCAGGGCUACCCUCUCUUCUUCAGAGUCCUAGGGAAGGGACUCCAGUCUAGACUUGGCAAACUCCCAGGAUGGCUGAGCCUGCACUUGUGAAGUUGGCUCUGGGCCCUGGAGCUCCCCCCUGCUCCAGGCCAACGUUGUGUUGAUUUUUCUUUCAGUUUCUGGAACCCAACUGUCAUUACCGCCCUCCAGGGACCUUUUACCGGAGAAGAAGCCAAAUUAACUCUAUAAAUCUGCUAUGUAGAUAUUAAAUAAAACCCAUUCUCAAGGCUAGUAAAACACCACCCCAGCAUUUCCUCUGACAGGGCUGGGAUAGGAUUGCUCAUGCCUCUCUAACCCCCUUGAGGCAUCUGCAUGCAUUCUAGCCCUCAGGCAUGGAGGUCAGGAAACCUCCACAUGGCUUCUUAGAUGCCUUUCAUUUUCUUAAACCUUAGGGUCCUUUAAGCCAGACCCGGGGCUCAUGCUUCUGUUAAAGGAACAGGUUGGAGCCACCUGGGGCUCCUGGCUACAGAGGGCAGCGUUCAGCUCCCAGCCCUGGCUUCUGCAGCUGUGUGGCCCUGAACCUCUGGACAGACUGAACCUCUCUACCUUUCCUCAAAACCUAAAACAAGACUGCUUACAGGGGGAGCAUAUUGGUGCACAUCCCUAAUUCCAGCACCUGCAGGGUGGAGGCAGGAGGAUCAGGAGUUGAGGGCCAGCCUCUACUUCGUCACAAGGAAGGUAGCCUACUACGUCUCUGAAAGGAUCGAUUAACUAACUAAAAUGAGGCUUCUGAAGCUCUCCGGUACAGAUACAGGGUCGCUGAGUGGGAAAAUGGUUUAAAUAAGGUUCAAGGGGGCUGGAAGUACAGAUAGUGACUGCCUGUUUAUUUUUUUCAACAAGUUAAGGGCACUGAAAAAUCCCAACUCACCUAUCACUCUAUAAAACAUAGAGCUUUCUCACACCAACAUGACAUGAAGAAAAGAUGUAUUCAUCCGUAAAGAGGUGUCCUUCCUGAGGAAGGGUCUGUAGGCUUCUUCACGCACAUCUCCAAAAUAUGCACAGGACACAUGAGAUCUAUAUUUAGAGAUCUUUAGUGUUCAAGCAUUUUCUAAAUAAAGUUAAUUAUAUGAGAUUACCCCAAAUUCACACGUUUUGGUGUACAAUACCAGAGUAGGCUUCACAGGCUGGUUUCACACAUGAAAAUUUCAAACUCAGGGGGACCUGGGGAGAUGGCUCAGUUGGUCAAGAGCCUGCUUCGAGUGUGCAUGAGGGCCUGGAUUGGAUCUCCAGAACUCAGGAAAAAAACAGCUGGGCCUGGUGGUGUGUGCGUGUAAUCUCAGUGGCAGGGAGGUGAGUCAGGCAGGUUCUUGGGCUCAAUAGUGAGCCAGACUUCCUAGUUAGUGAGUUCCAGCCCGAGAGAGACCAGUCACAAACAAACAACAACGAAAAUCCCAAACAAGAAGGAGGGCCACCUGAGGAAUCACUCCUGGAGUUGUUACACACACACACACACACACACACACACACACACACACAAUUUUGUUUUUUUCAAGCCGUUUUUCAAGCUCGGUCUGGAGCGGGUUUGUGGGGGACCCUGAAGUGUCUCCCUGAUGCCUGGUGUCACCAGUUGCAUAAAGAGACCCUGGAUUCCGCUUCUCCUGUCAGGGUCAGGGGUCACGCAGGCUAGGUGUGGUGUUGCUGGUAAAUUCUACAGAAGGGCAGAUGGUCAGGUCCCUCUCUCUGGGCCUCCUAGCUCGGAGCCCUCACCCCCACCCCUCAGUGUCUAAAGAAGCUCAGCCAGGCCAGGGAUGCUGUGAGGUUAGGAAAACAGCAACAAAGCAUGGAGGCAUUGAGCUAGAUGGGACCAUUUGGAACUUGGUUUAUUUACUAGGGCCAGGAGAGGCCAGGAGCCUGAUCUCAAAGCACACAGCGUAUCCAUACCAGCACAGAAUUAGACCUGCGGAUCUGUGUCCAAGCCUUCACUUUGCCCACCAUCACACACCAUCCUCAACUCCAGUUCAUUGAGGGAGAGAACAGAACGCAGUGCAGUUCUGUGCCCACCCCCACUCCGGGAGACGCCCCUGGGCUUAAACCAUAAGCCAACCACUUUUCUUCUCUGCUCAGACUGCCUCUUCCAAUUCCAGAGCUGGUUAGUCUGCGGGAUUCUAGCAUUCAUCUGCCUCUGUGGAGCAGCACCCCUGGUCUUUGCCACUUUGGGCCCACCUUCACUGCCGUGAACAGCUCCGAGGAAGCAGAGAGCUCAGUGAACCCCCAAGGCUGCAAAGAAACCUCCUCAUGCUUGACCUGCCAACUCCUUGGCAGAAACACCAUUAGAGGAGUCAUGUACCCAAAAUCUCAUGGCUAUCCUGUAAGAGAUAUGUGCAGGGUGUGUAAGUCAGUAGAGAACAUGAAGGCACACCCAACAGGAUCUGUGCUAGCAUCUGAAAUUGGGCUUUGGAUUCAAAUGUGACACCAACAUAGGCCAAAUGUAUCUACACAUGGAUGCCAGUGCACACACGUAUCUAUGUGUGUGUGUGUUCACACGCUCAUAGCUAUCCCCAGAUUGAAAUGGAGACAAAGGGGAAGCCUUCUAGUGGUGACUGAGCAGGGAGGACCAAGAUGAGCCAAGCUAGUGUGCUAGCAGGUAUGUGGAACUCACUAGGCAGGAUGCUGCCUAGCCCCGAGCACCCAUGUGUUAGGCAGAUGGUCUCAGGGAACAGUGAGCGUGCCACCAGAGGCUCGGGAGAUAGAAUGCUUUGCCUGAGGCCACACAGGUUCCCGGGAAGUAGGAAGGAAGCAGCCGGCUGCCGGCUGCUCAAGCUGGAGCAGAUGGCAUCCGCCUGCCUCAGACGCUGGGAGCUAGGGCCAGGUCUUGCGACAAGUCUGGAGGGUGAGUGUGGGAAACUGAGGCUAAGCCGUGCUUCCCAGAAUUCCUUUCCCUUCAGAGCCCUGGGUUUGCAAGGGAGUGUGUGGGGUGUUUUGGUGUAGUCUGUCUAGAAAGCAGAAGGGAAGGCACAUUCUCACUUUGCACCUGGGAGGAAGUCAAAUCGGCACCCAGCUCAGACCUGCUCUCACAGACUGGCUUGCCAGUCUCUCCUGCUGGCUCUCUCUUUCCUCACUGGGCCCAGGCAUGUUUUUACUUCUGUGACGGGGGCAGGGGACUUCUGCAGGAUGUGACAUGGCAUACUGGCCUGAGGACGCUGAGACUUACCUGGCCCCAGUUCUCCCUGUGGGCACCUCUCACCCUCACCCUCCUGGCUCCCAGUCUGACCUCUCCAUCCACUUCACGAUCAUCUUCCCUCCCGGGCUGUCUGCCCUCCUAACUCCUACCAGCUAGAGCAUCAGGCACAAAGGAAAUGGCUCCCCCUACCACACAAAGCACUGCAGGGUCCUGUCUAGCCCCGAGCACACGUUAGGUCCCUGGAUGGCAUAGGGAUUGUCGCUAGCUGUAGUUCCCAAGGAACAGAACCCAAAGGAAGGCUUUCUGGCUUACUUUGGGAUUAUCUGAGAUUUGUUAUUAUUAUUAUUACUAAAGUACAUUUAUGGCUGGAUUUCUUUCUUGUUUUUGUUUUUCAAGACAGGGUUUCUCUGUGUAGCUCUGGCUAUCCUGUAACUCACUCUGUAGACCAGGCUGGCCUCUAACUCAAAGAUCUGCCUGCCUCUGCCCCCCUAGUGCUGGGAUUAAAUGAGUGCACCACCACCUCCUGGCUGUAACUGGAUUUCACUGCUAACUGACGUGUGGCAUUU